CGCAGUACAGCAACGAAGCUCAUGACUCGACGCCACCCAGGUACAAAGUGGCGAUGUUGGGCGCCUCGGGAGUCGGCAAGACAGCGCUGACGUGCCAGUUCACGACGUCGGACUAUAUAUGUGCCUACGACACAUCGCUCGAUGAAGAGUUUGGCCGCAAGUCUGUGUCAGUGAUGUUGGAUGGGCAGGAGACAGAGCUUGAGAUAGUGGACCAUCCCGCCUCUGAGAUGUCGGUGGAGGGCUACUGUGCAACGUACAACCCGGAUGUGUUUGUGGUGGUGUACUCUGUGGUGGACCAGAAGAGCCUCAAAGUGGCAGAGGACAUCUUGCUUUUCCUCUGGAAAGGAGACUAUGUGGCAUCACGGGGAGUCAUCCUAGCAGGGAACAAGGCAGACCUGGAGCGCAAACGGGAGGUCCCCAUGUCAGUUGGUCGCAAGCUGGCAAACAGCUGUGGCUGCAAGUUUAUAGAGACAUCUAGUGGACUUGACCACAACGUGGAUGAGCUUCUAGUUGGCAUUCUAGCACAGGUGCAACUGAACCCAUGGCGAGACUGCAACAAGCUCAGCAAGAAGAAAAAGCAAAAGGCACGAAUGGGCAGUGGGCACAGAGUCCUCAAAAACUUGUUGGGCAUUAAACGCAAGUCACGAUCAUGCGAGAACCUCUUUGUGCUGUAGACACACAUUACAGACAGAAAUGAAAACAGGAAGAUUUUUAGAAAAGAAUAAAUAUGAGGCCCUCUCUAGGAAGAAAUUGGAAUUGUUACAUUUGAACAUAGGCUGUUAUUGUAUAGAUAUCACUAAAGUGUGUGUCUCUGAAAGAUACUGAAAACUGAAAGAAGCAGAUUUGUAUUGAAACAUACAUUUCACAAAGACGUUCAGUCUCAACAUAUUGUCACAUGGCUUCCAGGGUGUUUUGUCCAUAUUUUGUAGUCCAUGUAUAAUUUCUCACACAUUUUUUACGUUAACAAUCUCAUUUUACUUUCAUGUCACUUUGGGGAGGGGGAUCCUUGAAAAACUUUGUUACUGCUGGUGGUUUAUUAGGAUGAUGCUCAGCCAUUUGAUUUGGGCAACAGCUCACAGGUUUAGCCUGACUAGCUGCAUGUCAAUGGUUUCCACCUUUCAUAAUUAGUGUGUGUAUGUUAUGGUGUGCAGGGCAUCUAGCACUACAGAUGCCUUACUUUUCACACCACCAAUAUAUUUUUGUACCAUCUGUGGUCUUUGAAUACCAAGAAUAUGUGUAAUUAUUAUUGGCUAACACAGGGUCACCUCUGUUAGAUGUUAAUGUAUGUGUCACAAUUUUAAUUGCUUCAGUAAUUCAGAUAUUAUCAUUUCUAUAGUAAAAGUUCACUUCUACUGCAUUACAGACAAUACUUCAGCAAUCAGAAACUAAUCAUUCUUCCCUUGUUAGUAGUGUCAGCUGUCCGUACACUGUCUCAAGAAUACAAACAAAGUCUGUGUCAAAUAACAAUGGACACAUAAAUAUUUGAAAAUGAAGAACAGUGUCUUCUGGAAUGUGAUGCCAUAUAGUCUCGUAGUAGUUACACAACAUUUUGGAGGAAUUCACUGCCUCCAUCUUCAGGGUUAUAGAGUCAUUCAAACAAGAAACCAACAAAAAUGAAGCAGAAAGCUUGACUUAAUGUUCAGUCCUGAAGAUGGAGGCAGAAUGUUCCUCCAAAACAUUGAUGAACUUCUACUGGCUACAUGCUGUCACAUUCCAGAAGGUAGUUUUCUCUAUAGUCAGCACUGUGAGAACCUUAAUAUCUCUUUGGGUCCAAUUGGGGUGGUCCAGCUGCAAGAGUGUUACCCUGGUACCUUAAAGUGAGGGAACGCAAACAUAACUUUUCACCAGGAAGAAACUGGUGAAUACCUAGUUUAGUUUCCAUUGGCAGAGUGUGAUUACAUUUCUGCAUGCAUGAACAUGAGUUGUGAUGCAAAACUAUAUUAAUAAGGGUUAAACUGAAUAUUUAUUUAAGUUUCCAAGCAAUAUGGCAAGCCUGGUACAGUAAUUUGGCAUCACUGAUAAAAAUUCAUCAAGUUCCACCUCUUAGGUAUGGAGAGACACUGCAGAAAUGUCAGAAUAUUGAGACAUGCUGCAUAAUCCAAAUAAACAAGCAUUUGGUGUGUCGUCCAUUUGUUUUAAAAUGCAGAAUGUAUCUCUGAAACAUGAAGUUUGGCCCACAGGGAUGAAGCAUAAUUUUAAGUGUGUAUUGAUAUCCCGUAUAUGUAUUAAUUUCUAAUGUAAUGUUUGUAUUAAGAGCAAAGGCAUUUAGCAUGAAUUGAAGUAAGACCCAGAAGUCUGUGGCAAUGGUAUACAAGUAUUAAUGCACAGAGAUAUUGAGUUUUCGGACUUUAUCCAUCGUCCUUGUUUUAAGAUAACUAAGAAAAACACGACAUUUCGGAAA